AUGGGUACAAAUAAUCAAAAUCUAUAUAAAUCUACUGAACAAGCUGAAAGACCAAAUGGUUCGAAUUUAGUUGAAACGAUUACUAAUCGAUCAGAAGAAAACUUUGAAUCCGGAAACUGCUCAACAUCCUUUGGUAAUAUUCCUAUCACAAUACCUGUUCAAUAUGAAAUCAAUAAAGAAGAUGAUACUAUAAAUAGAAAUGUAAUUAAUGAAGUAUUAGUAGAAGAAGAAAUGGAGGAAUAUGAGGAGGAAAUUUCUACCACUAAACAUUUAUCAGAUCCUAAUGAAAGAAAAAGAACAAUUUAUUCAACAAAUAACAAUCAAGAAGAAAAUGGCAAUGUUGUAAGGGAAAAGAAAGAACUUAUUCAGACCAUUGCUGAAAGCAUUCAAAAACAUUUGAAUGUAAAUGAAUUCUUUAGUCAAAAUUAA